CCCCUAGCUCCCUCUUCUACAUAAGCGCGGCGACCCCGGAGCGGAGCAGAACAUCAUCCAGAGCUGACACACACCAUUCCAUUUCCAUCUCGAGCCGGCGUCCCCAGGCCUCGUCUCCGUAGUCAGUACCUCGCCGGCGGCGAUCUCUAUCUCUAUCUCCGUCGAGCAAGGCAGCUGACAGCCUGACACACAUUUCCCGGCCUCCGCCGGCGUGGGGACCUGAGCGCACUGCUUGAUCGCCCGCGAAGCAGAGCACCGUGUGUGAGCUCCUUGGAACAAGCAAGAUGGUGAACACGAAGCCCGUCGAGACGGUGCGGAGCGGCGGCCUCCCGCUGGCGGCGCUCAACCACAUCUCGGUCGUGUGCCGGUCGCUCGAGAGCUCCGUGCGCUUCUACCGCGACGUCCUCGGCUUCGUCCCCAUCCGCCGCCCGGGCUCCUUCGACUUCGACGGCGCAUGGCUGUUCAACUACGGCAUCGGCAUCCAUCUCCUGCAGGCGGAGGACCCCGAGAGCAUGCCCCCGAAGAAGACGGAGAUCAACCCCAAGGACAACCACAUCUCCUUCCAGUGCGAGAGCAUGGAGGCGGUGCAGCGGCGGCUCAAGGAGCUGGGCGUCCGCUACGUGCAGCGGCGCGUGGAGGAGGGCGGCGUCUUCGUGGACCAGCUCUUCUUCCACGACCCCGACGGCUUCAUGGUCGAGGUGUGCACCUGCGACAACCUCCCCAUCGCGCCCCUCGUCCCCGUCGAGGGCAACGCCAUCCUCGGCCUGCCGCCCGCGGCGCCGGCCUGCAAGAGGCCAGCAGCAACCCUCAGGCCAGCGCCGCCGCUUCCCGUUCCCGUGGCGGUGUCGGCGCCGGUCUUGUCCGCGGCCACGUUGCCGCCUGCGCAGCGUGUUCCGGCGAAGGCCGCCGGCAGCUGCGUCGGCGAGGUCGAGGCGCCGGGCAUCCCAGCUUCCGCGAUCAGGUCUUGCCCGGAGCACGCGUGCAUGCAGGUCUGAUCGGCCGACUCGCCGAUUGAGAUGACCGAGCUAUCAUCGGAACACCGGCAGCAUUUUGAAGACCCAGUGAAGAUUUUUUUUUUUGACUAUCCUGUUUAAUUUCCUUCGAUUCGUCGACCAUGAAGUUGUAUGUACCGGGCGCC